UGACGGUGCAAGUUUGUAGUUUGUAAUAAUAAACUUUUCAUUUGUUGUUACAAUCUUGACAUUUUUCAUUAGGUUUUCUUUUAUUUAUUAAAAGUUUCAAUAUGCCCGAACAAAUUAGUCCGGAUAAAAAACCAACGGCUACGGCUAAAGUUAAAGAUGAUAAACAAGAAUUGUCUGAAGAAGAUAAACAGCUACAAGAAGAAUUAGAUUUAUGUGUGGAACGUUUACAGGAAGAUGAUCAAUCGUUAUAUUUACCAUCCUUAGAAAUACUUCGAUCUCAUAUUCGAGCAUCGACCACAUCAAUGACCUCCGUACCGAAACCAUUAAAGUUCAUGCGCACACAUUACGACACAAUGCAAAAGGUCUUUGAAAAAAUCAAAGAUAAACAAACGAAAAAAGUAUGCGCCGAUGUUCUAAGUGUUCUCUCCAUGACAAUGGGCGAAAAUCGUGAAUGCUUAAAAUACAAUUUACUGGCGGCACCGAACGACAUCUCACAAUGGGGUCACGAAUACGUUCGUCAUUUAGCUGGUGAAAUUGCAUGCGAAUGGAAUGAGCUACCCGAUUUCCCCGAAAGUGAUUAUAUUCGACAACGUUUGGUUGCGUUGGCCGAACAAAUUGUACCGUAUAAUAUGUCGCAUAAUGCUGAAGCCGAAGCAUGUGAUUUGUUGAUGGAAAUCGAACAUUUGGAGUUACUUUACAAGUACGUCGAUGAAAAUGUCUACCAACGAGUUUGCUUGUAUUUGCAUUCGUGUGUACCGUAUGUUGCCGAUCCCGAAUAUUCGCCAUUAUUAAAAACGGCUUUACGUCUCUACAAAAUGUUUAAUCAGUAUCCACAAGCGUUGCGUUUAGCCAUGCAAUAUAAUGAUCGCUCUUUGAUUGAGGAAAUUUUCACCAGCUGUACUGAUGUAGCUAUUAAAAAGCAAUUGGCAUGUAUGCUAGCACGUCAACAAAUUUUCAUCGAAUUGAACGAAAACACACAAGAUUACGAUGACCUGUUGGAGAUCAUGUCGAAUGCGCAUCUUAAUCAUCACUUCCUGAAUCUAGCCCGAGAAUUAGAUAUCAUGGAACCCAAAACACCCGACGAUGUUUACAAAUCACAUUUAGACAGUUCACGACCCCCCUUCGGUGGUGGUCAAAUUGAUUCCGCUCGUCAAAAUCUAGCAUCCAGUUUUGUGAAUGGCUUUGUAAAUGCUGGAUUCGGCCAGGAUAAGCUAUUAAUGGUUGAUGGGAAUAAAUGGUUGUUUAAGAACAAGGAACAUGGGAUGAUGAGUGCGACUGCAUCACUUGGACUUGUGUUGUUGUGGGACGUCGAUGGUGGUUUGACGCCGAUCGAUAAAUAUUUGUAUUCGUCCGAGGACUACAUCAAGUCUGGAGCACUGUUAGCUUGUGGUAUUGUUAAUUGUGGUGUUCGUAACGAAUGCGAUCCAGCUCUGGCUUUACUCUCCGAUUACGUUCUCCACAACACAAUUGUAAUGCGUCUAGGUGCAAUAUUAGGUUUAGGUCUUGCGUACGCCGGCUCAAAUCGUGAAGAAGUUUUAUCAAUAUUAACUCCAGUUUUCUCCGAUCCUAAAUCUAACAUGGAAGUGAUUGGAGUUGCUGGAUUAGCUUGUGGAAUGAUCGCCGUUGGAUCGUGUAACAGCGAAAUUACGGCCACAAUUACUCAAACUUUGAUGGAGAAAUCUGAAUCUGAUUUGAAGGAUACAUAUGCGAGAUUCUUACCGUUAAGUUUGGGUCUAAUACAUUUGGGACGUCAAGACGCUGUAGAAGCUUUAAUCGCUGCUUUAGAAGUUAUACCAGAACCUUUCAAAUCGAUGGCCACAACUUUGGUUGAAGUUUGCGCUUAUGCUGGAACUGGAAAUGUAUUAAAAAUUCAACAAUUACUUCACAUCUGUUCGGAACAUUACGAAACUUCUGGCGAAGAAUCAUCCACGACCUAUUCAGGCGGUACACCAAUUACACAUAUUGUGAAUAGUAGGGAUCGUGCGUCGGCGAAGGAAGCCAAAGAAAAAGCACAACGGGAAAAAGAAGAACGGGAACGUAGCGAUCAAAGUAGCAAACAAGCGAUUGCGGUUUUGGGUAUAGCUUUAAUUAGUAUGGGCGAAGAACUUGGAUGUGAAAUGGCUUUUAGAACGUUCGGACAUUUGUUACGGUAUUGUGAGCCGGUUAUACGACGAUCUGUUCCAUUAGCUUUGGGUCUGAUAUCCGUGUCAAAUCCAAAAUUAACAAUAUUAGAUACGUUAAGUAAAUUUUCGCACGAUUCAGAUCCAGAAGUAGCGCAUAACGCAAUCUUUGCGAUGGGUCUCGUUGGGGCUGGCACAAAUAAUGCUCGUUUGGCUGCUAUGUUACGUCAAUUAGCACAAUAUCAUGCAAAGGAUCCAAAUAAUUUGUUUAUGGUACGAAUUGCUCAAGGUUUAGCGCAUUUAGGUAAAGGUACAUUGACUUUAAGUCCAUAUCACAGUGAUAGACAACUAUUGAGUCCUGUUGCAUUAGCUGGAAUUUUAGCGACAAUUAUUGGAUUUUUAGAUGUGAAAAAUAUUAUUCUUGGAAAGUCACACUAUUUGCUGUAUUCGUUAGCCGCUGCCAUGCAACCGAGAAUGCUAGUCACCUUCGAUGAGGAAUUAAAUCCAUUGGCUGUACCUGUUCGUGUAGGAAUGGCUGUGGAUGUUGUGGGACAAGCAGGACGACCUAAAACCAUAACUGGUUUCCAGACGCACACAACACCUGUGUUAUUAGCGUACGGUGAGCGUGCUGAAUUAGCUACUGAAGAAUAUAUUCCAUUAACACCAAUCGUGGAAGGUUUUGUUAUAUUAAGAAAGAAUCCAGACUUGUAAAGAGAAGUGGAUAUUUAUUUAUAGGGUUAAGUGUGCUGUGUUUGAGUUGGAUUGGAAGCUUUAAGAGCUUUGUAAGCUCAAACUUCCUUCCGUCCUUCAUUUACGGAAGUUUUUAUAACAAAUUUUAUAUUUUAUUAAACAAAUUGUAAGUAUUGAAUUUAAUAUUUAAGUAUUUAAAUCUUUUUUUAAGUGUACCAUUUUUUAACCUAACUUUAAAUGAAUAAAUACAAAUAUAUUGAUUUAGUUUUUUAUUGA